CAGCUCGUUGAUGGCUAUUCCUGGCAGUCCUAUGUGGACCGAUUGUCCAACGCUGCCGGGCGUGUUGAUGCACUAGACUAACCCAUAACUCAGAGCUCUACUUGCCUAACAGCCGUUAGCUUUGUCAUUUAGCGAUGGCGGCGAGUGCCAAACGAAAACAGGAGGAGAAGCACCUGAAGAUGCUUAGGGAGAUGACCAGCCUGCCUCCCAAUAGGAAAUGCUUUGAUUGCGAUCAGCGCGGCCCGACCUACGUCAACAUGACAGUGGGCUCGUUUGUGUGCACCACCUGUUCUGGAAUAUUACGAGGGCUCAACCCUCCACACAGAGUGAAGUCCAUCUCAAUGACGACUUUUACUCAGCAGGAAAUCGAGCUUUUACAAAAACACAGCAAUGAGGUUUGCAAACACAUCUGGCUUGGGUUGUAUGAUGAUAAGAGUUCUGUGGUCCCUGAUUUUCGUGAACCUCAAAAAGUCAAAGAGUUUCUUCAGGAGAAAUACGAGAAGAAAAGAUGGUAUGUUCCCCCAGAACAAGCCAAAGUGAUAGCUUCUGUCCAGGCCUCAAUAUCUGGUUCAUCUGCUAGCAGUACCAGUAGCACCCCUGAGGUUCUUCCCCAGCCUCUGAAAACCCUACAUCUUACCAAGACUUCAUCCAACCAGUCUCCAGGGACCAGUCGUGCUCAGGCCCAGUCUGCAGGACAGGAAAAGAAGUUUGACCUCCUGUCUGACUUGGGUGGAGAUAUCUUUGCUGCCUCUCCUGCUCAAACUGCCAGUUCUUCAAACUUUGCUAAUUUUGCACAUUUUAACAGGCCCUCAGCACAAAAUAAUUCCAGCACAGACUUUGCCAACUUUGAUUCCUUUGGAAACGCCAGUGUACCUUCACCCCCCCCAAAGUCUAACCUUCAGCAACCCCACACAGCAGGCGGCAUGUCAAUUCCUCAACUGCCUAGUAUGGUUCCCGGCCCACCUCUAAGCAGUUUAUCAAGAGAGGACCGUUACGCUGCCCUGGCGGAGCUUGACAGUGCCCUCAGUUACUCAACUUCAACCGGUGGACCACCAGGAAGUGUGUUUGGAGGUGUGCCAGGACCAGCUGCACCUCCAAACCAGCCCAACAUGCAACAGGGUUUUGCAGCUGCUCCUUCCACAAACCCAUUUGUGGCUGCUGGGAUGGUUCAGGAGACGAUUUCCAUGAAUCCGUUCCAGACCAAUGGAAGAGCACCUGCCACAGCCUCAUUUGGCACUGGCUCCAUGAGCAUGCCAGCUGGCUUUGGAAACUCGACCAGUUACUGCCUGCCAACCAGUUUUAGUGGGACCUUCCAGCAGCAAUUCCCUGGCCAAGGUCCCUUUCCCCCACCUGCAGCCUACCACCAACAUCCCAAUGGUGGUUUUCCUACCUAUGGACAGGCAAAACCUAUGGGCAACUACGGUCAGGCGGUCACCGGGCCUGGGAUUUCCAGCAACCCUUUCAUGGGUGGAGGCCCGGCAGGACCAUACCCAGCAGGAGGUUCUUCCACAAACCCCUUUCUCUAAAGCGCUUUUUUAUGCCACAUCUCAGCAGAGUCAUGCACACAUUCCGCAUCACCAGUCCUCUAAACAUAAUAUCUUCAAGAUCUUCAAGAUUUCCUAUUCAAUGCACUGGGUCUUUGACAUUUCUAGAGAAAGAGCUGUGAAUAUGCUGAUGAUGGUGUUUUCCAAACCGUCUGUGUAUUCUGUCGGACAAACAUAGUUGGAAUCGAUGCGAUUCUCCUUCCUCAUUUAUGCCUUUGACUGAAUUAGUAAUGUUUUAUGCCUAGAAAGUAUGAUCCUCGUGCAUAUCAGCAUUUGUAAUCCUUAGAAAAAAACAUAUUAUUCACAAAGAGAAACUGUGACAGAACCGAAGAACAAAAUGUUGUCUAGAGAUGCUGUGUCCAAACAACUGAAUUUGUCUUUAGCACCUGCUUGAGCAGAAAUGUUACAUUCUGUUGAGUCGGAAACACAGGAAAAUGUACGUGACUAAUUGCCUCAAGGAGGUAAGGAACAUAUGGUUUUGAAUUAAAACCUCACACCUGUUUUAAGAGCAGAGAAGCUCAGCACAAGCAGGUUUGUAGAUAAAGCAGGCGUCUACAGCACAACAAGACUGAAAAGUGUAAGUGGUAGAAAAUGCUUUUUUGUGAUCUGCCCUUAGAGUUCUAUAGCUGCACCUUGAAAAAUGGCAGGUCUGACCUCCAUCUAUGGAUUUUGGACAUCAAAAGUUACCAUUACAGGUAUACAAGUUAAUGUGUACAUAUAUAAAUAUAUGUAUAAAAUAUUAAAUGAUUUUUAACUACUG